AUGAAUACAAUCAGCCCUCCGUAUGUGCAGAUGCAGAACCAGCAGCUGGAGCCUAGCCGGGUAGGCGAGAUCGAGAGCCGGGCGGUACGCGAGGGCUGCUGGCCGUCGGCUCAAGGCUUCGGAUCCACCUGCCCGCCCGCCUGCGGUGCGAUCGGUCGGCGGGGUGUGCGCCGGGCCGGGCCCAUGGCGGCGUCAGCGGCCCUGUCUGCGGCUGCGGCGGCUGCCAUGUCGGGCCUGGCGGUGCGGCUGUCUCGCUCGGCUGCGGCCCGCGGCUCGUACGGCGCCUUCUGCAAGGGGCUCACGCGCACGCUGAUCACCUUCUUCGACCUGGCCUGGCGGCUGCGCGUGAACUUCCCCUACUUCUACAUCGUGGCCUCGGUGAUGCUCAACGUCCGCCUGCAGGUGCGGAUCGAGUGA